UCCGCCAUCAUGGCCUCCGCCGGCAGCCACGCGAGCCCCGCCGCGGGCCCCGCCGCCGCAUCCGCGCCGCCCGCCGCCGCCGCCACCACCCCCGCGGCCGCCCCGGGCAUCCUCAUCGGCGACCGGCUCUACUCGGAGGUGUCGCUCACCAUCGACCACUCGCUCAUCCCCGAGGAGCGCCUCUCGCCCACGCCGUCCAUGCAGGACGGGCUGGACCUGCAGUGCGAGACGGACCUGCGCAUCCUGGGCUGCGAGCUCAUCCAGGCGGCCGGCAUCCUGCUCCGCCUGCCGCAGGUGGCCAUGGCGACGGGGCAGGUGCUCUUCCACCGCUUCUUCUACUCCAAGUCCUUCGUCAAGCACAGCUUCGAGAUUGUUGCCAUGGCCUGCAUCAAUCUCGCGUCCAAAAUCGAGGAGGCGCCGCGCCGCAUAAGGGACGUGAUCAAUGUGUUCCAUCACUUGCGCCAGCUGAGAGCCAAAAGGACUCCAAGCCCCUUGAUACUUGAUCAGAACUACAUAAACACCAAAAAUCAAGUAAUCAAAGCAGAAAGGAGGGUACUGAAGGAGUUGGGAUUUUGUGUUCAUGUCAAGCAUCCGCAUAAGAUCAUUGUUAUGUAUUUACAAGUCUUAGAAUGUGAACGUAAUCAAACCCUGGUACAGACAGCCUGGAAUUACAUGAACGACAGCCUUCGAACAAACGUAUUUGUUCGUUUUCAGCCAGAGACUAUAGCAUGUGCUUGCAUUUACCUUGCUGCUAGAGCCCUGCAGAUUCCACUGCCUACCCGCCCGCACUGGUUCUCGCUCUUUGGUACCACAGAGGAAGAGAUCCAGGAGAUCUGCUUAACGACUCUGAAGCUCUACACGAGAAAGAAGCCCAAUUACGAUUUCCUGGAUAAAGAAGUAGAAAAGAGAAAAAUGGCACUACAAGAAGCAAAACUGAAGGCAAAAGGCUUAAAUCCUGAUGGAACUCCAGCACUCUCAACACUGGGUGGCUUUUCUCCUUCAUCCAAACCAUCUUCCCCAAGAGAAAUAAAGACCGAAGAGAAGAGUCCAGUGUCUCUGAAUACCAAGACCAUUAAAAAAGAGCCCGAGGAAAGGCAGCAAGCUGCCAAGAGCCCUUACAACGGCAUGAGAAAAGAAAGCAAGAGAAGUAGGAGCAGCAGAAGUGCUAGUCGAUCUAGGUCAAGAACAAAGUCAAGGUCUCGAUCCCACACUCCUAGGAGGCACUACAACAACCGCCGGAGCCUGUCGGGCACCUACAGCUCGCGCUCGCGCAGCCGCUCGCGCAGCGCCAGCGGCAGCCCGCGCCGCCACCACAACCACGGCUCGCCGCACGCCAAGGCCAAGCACGGCCGCGACGAGCUCAAGAGCGCCAACCGCCACGCUCACAAGAGGAAAAAGUCGCGCUCCCGCUCGCAGAGCAAGUCCCGGGAGCACUCGGACGUGGCCAAGAAGCACCGGCACGAGCGCGGGCACCACCGGGAGCGGCGUGAGCGCUCGCGCUCCUUCGAGCGGCCGCACAAGGGCAAGCACCACGGUGGCCGCUCGGGCCACGGCCGCCGGCGCCGCUGAGCCCCCCGCCCGGCCUCGACAGCGCGCAGCAACCGGCUCCUAUGGACACAGGAAACCAGGAGCAGCGGAGUCCUUUAAAGCCCAAUAUCUAAUUUUCUAAAAUGUGUAGAACACUUGUUUUCUUUUUUGGGAGGGGAAAAAAACUGUUACCAACUUUUGCACAUAAUACCUUAGCAGUAUCAAAUUGAUGGAAAACAAUGAUCAGGUUAAAUUCUAUGUAUUAGAGUUGUGUAUUGUUUAUGAGAACUGGAGAAUGGGUUUCUGUAAAGAGCAAAGCGUAUCUUAUUUUUAUACAAGCCAAUUGCAGACACUUAUAUUUAAGUAUAGUUAUUUGUUUAAACAAUGGUGGAUACUUUCUUACACUGGUUUUAGUCUGCA